CGUGUGGUGGUAUUGAGUAGUGUAUUUUAUGUUUCUGUCGAAAGUUGUGGAUAAAAAGUUCACCAUUUGUUCGUGCUUUUGCACGUGAAGGAGUUUAACGUAGAAAUUUUCAACAUUUCAAGUAAAAAUGUUAUCCGCUGCUAGAAUACUAAGCCGCAAACUUCCAGACAUCACAAAUUUGGCUUCAGACAUUUCAGUCAAGAGGAAUUUUUCCCAGUUUUAUAAAAAUAACACACUUAGUAAUUUAAGCUUACGAUAUGGAGCUUCAGUCCGUAAUAAAUCUGAAGGCGUCAAAGGCGCCGUUAUUGGUAUUGAUUUGGGAACGACAAAUUCCUGCGUUGCAGUUAUGGAAGGGAAACAAGCUAAAGUAAUUGAAAACUCUGAAGGUUCUCGAACGACUCCAUCAGUUGUUGCAUUUAGCAAAGAUGGAGAACGACUUGUGGGAAUGCCUGCCAAGAGACAGGCAGUUACCAAUUCUGCAAACACAUUCUACGCCACAAAACGUCUUAUUGGAAGACGAUAUGAAGAUCCCGAAGUACAGAAGGAUAUGAAAACCGUUUCUUAUAAGAUCGUGAAAGCAUCAAAUGGAGAUGCUUGGGUUCAGGGUUCUGAUGGCAAAAUGUAUUCACCAAGUCAAAUUGGUGCAUUUAUUCUGAUCAAAAUGAAAGAAACUGCCGAGGCAUAUUUAAAUACUAAAGUGAAGAAUGCUGUUGUUACCGUUCCUGCAUAUUUCAAUGACUCUCAAAGACAAGCAACAAAGGAUGCUGGACAAAUUUCGGGGUUGAAUGUUCUUAGGGUCAUCAAUGAGCCCACUGCAGCUGCACUGGCAUAUGGAAUGGACAGGGCUGAAGAUAAAAUAAUCGCUGUGUACGACUUGGGUGGCGGUACAUUUGAUAUAUCAAUCCUCGAGAUCCAGAAGGGCGUAUUCGAAGUAAAAUCAACCAAUGGAGAUACAUUCCUUGGCGGUGAAGACUUUGAUAAUGUCCUGGUCAAUUAUCUUGUGGCAGAAUUCAAACGUGACCAAGGAAUCGACGUUACUAAAGACCCUAUGGCAAUGCAGCGUCUAAAGGAGGCAGCCGAGAAGGCUAAAAUCGAACUAUCAUCAUCCCUCCAAACUGAUAUUAAUUUACCCUAUUUGACGAUGGACUCAGCCGGUCCGAAACACAUGAAUCUGAAACUGACACGAUCCAAAUUCGAAAGUUUAGUUGGCGAAUUGAUUAAGAAAACUGUGCAGCCGUGUCAGAAGGCGCUCAAAGACGCUGAGGUAUCCAAAUCUGAUAUUGGGGAUGUUAUCUUGGUCGGAGGUAUGACUCGAAUGCCUAAGGUGCAAAAUACUGUCCAAGAAAUUUUCGGCAAGCAGCCGAGUCGCUCAGUAAAUCCUGACGAAGCUGUAGCCAUCGGUGCGGCCGUCCAAGGGGGUGUUUUGGCCGGGGAUGUCACCGACGUACUUUUGCUUGACGUUACUCCUCUUUCACUUGGUAUUGAAACGUUGGGCGGCGUGUUCACGCGCCUUAUCAACCGUAACACAACAAUUCCCACCAAGAAAAGUCAGGUAUUUUCUACGGCAGCUGAUGGUCAGACUCAGGUGGAAAUUAAAGUACACCAGGGUGAACGUGAGAUGGCAUCUGAUAACAAACUACUGGGACAGUUCACGUUAAUUGGAAUCCCACCUGCACCCCGGGGAGUUCCACAAAUCGAAGUAACGUUCGAUAUUGAUGCUAAUGGUAUAGUACAUGUAAGCGCCAGGGACAAGGGAACUGGAAAAGAACAACAAAUCGUUAUUCAGUCAUCCGGUGGUUUAAGCAAAGAUGAGAUCGAGAACAUGGUGAAGAAUGCUGAACAGUAUGCACAACAAGACAAAAUUAAGAAGGAACGUGUGGAAGCCGUUAACCAAGCUGAAGGAAUUGUACAUGAUACAGAAAGUAAAAUGGAAGAGUUCAAAGAUCAAUUGCCCAAAGAGGAGUGCGAUAAACUUCGAGAAGAGAUAGCUAAAGUUAAGGAAUUGUUAACGAACAAGGACAACGUUGACCCCGAAGAAAUACGCAAAACGACUGGCACAUUACAACAAAAUUCGUUGAAAUUGUUUGAAAUGGCCUACAAAAAGAUGGCUGCAGAACGAGAAAGCAGCGGCGGAAGUUCUAGCAGUAGCAGUUCAUCAGAACAGCAACAAGCCGACGAAAAAGCUAAGAAGGAAGAGAAGAACUAAACAUCUUUAGGCUAUUGGUGCGCGCCCCCCGAAUAUCUGAGAGAGAGACUGUUGCUAAUAUCGUUACCGAGCGUAAAAAAACGAGCGUUAUCAAAUUGGCGAGCGACAUUGUAAGAUUGAACGAUCUCGUUGUUUUUUCCGUAAUAUGAUCGUAGCUUACAAUGGACGCUCCUCCUUUCCGCGCUUUUUUCGGCCCUUUCGCGGAAGUGCUUUAACUAUUUUGUUCCUGUCGAAAAAGGGCCGCUAAAAGAAUUCGAGUAAUUGAUUUUCUGCAGUGUUUUGGUUGGUAGUUAGCGUAUUUGUGCGUGUGCAAGUGUGUGUGUUUGUAUUAGAUUGUUUGGAAAGGUCGAAGGUCGUCUACCAUUA